CGCAGUGGCCCCCCUCCUCUCUCCGGAUAAUGCGGAUCGGUCGGUUGUGCGCAUGCGCGGUGAUCUCUCCGGGCCGGGUGUGUCGGUCGGUCGGUCUCGGUGCAGCAUGACGGACGCCACGGUGGCGGACACCCGCCGGCUGAACUCCAAACCUCAGGACCUGACCGACGCCUACGGGCCGCCCAGCAAUUUCCUGGAGAUCGACAUCUUCAACCCGCAGACGGUGGGAGUGGGACGGAACCGGUACACCGUGUACGAGGUCCGCAUGAGGACGAACCUUCCGAUCUUCAAGACGAAGGAUUCCUGUGUCCGGAGGAGGUACAGCGACUUCGAGUGGUUGAAGAAUGAACUAGAGAGGGACAGUAAGAUUGUGGUUCCGCCGUUACCCGGGAAGGCGCUGAAGAGGCAGCUCCCGUUCCGAGGCGAUGAAGGAAUUUUCGAGGAUUCGUUCAUCGAGGAGCGACGGCAAGGCUUGGAGCAGUUUAUAAACAAGAUUGCAGGACACCCGCUGGCCCAGAACGAGCGUUGCCUCCACAUGUUCUUACAGGACGAAACGAUCGAUAGGAAUUACGUGCCGGGCAAAGUGCGCCAGUGAGAGGACC